AUUGCAGUUUGUGGUUUCGAAUCAUGUGACAUAGGUUUUCUCUACUUUGCCCAUCACUUGUGCACAGAUGGCAAGCAGCACAGAGAUGGCACUCUCUGAUGUUAAAACGAGCUCCACAAGCGAUUACUAUACUCAUGCUUUUUCAGUGAACUCCACAGAUGACUACGACUACUUUACCCCUGACGAGAAUGAUUCGAUAUUGCUGCCCAUGUCAAAUAUCUACAUUCCUGUGCUGUACUUCAUCAUGUUCCUCACUGGCUUCUUGGGAAAUCUGUUUGUUAUUUUGGUCAUCGGCAAACAGCGCAAGAAAAACGGACGGCUUGUGGACACCUUCGUGAUGAAUCUGGCAUUAGCCGACCUUGUGUUUGUCUUCACGCUGCCUUUGUGGGCGGUUUCGGCCCGUUCUGAUGAGUGGCCCUUUGGCGAGACCUUGUGCAAGAUCAGCAGCUUCAUCAUUGCGGUCAACCGCUUUUCCAACAUCUUCUUCCUCACGUGCAUGAGUGUAGACCGAUACCUGGCUGUGGUGCGUCUCAUGGACUCUAAGUUUCUGCGGAGCAGUAACUGUUCGCAGAUCACCUGUGGCGUCGUGUGGAUCAUUUCUUUCUUCCUGGGAAUUCCAUCGUUGGUGUACCGUCAGCUGAAAGAUGAUACCGUGUGUUGGGAGGAUCAGAAAUCCCCUAUUGUCCAAGGAAUUAAUCUUCUGACCAUAUUUUUAACCUUCCUGCUCCCAGUACUGAUUCUCGGCCUCUGCUACGGGUCAAUUUUGGUUAACCUGCGGCGUCACAGUCACACUGCAGCAAACUCUCGUGCAGAAGCCAGAAGACGGCAUUCAGUUAAAAUCGUGUUCGCCAUAAUUCUGGCCUUUCUGGUAUCCUGGCUUCCCUUCAAUUUGUUCAAGACCAUGCAGAUCAUCGAACUGAUGAGUACAGGAAAUCUUAGUGGGGAAACAAGAGUGAUUGUACAUAGUGGACUGACACUGUCCUCCUGCCUGGCCUUUCUUAACAGUUGUGUAAAUCCAGCCAUCUACUUCUUUUUGGAUCAGCAUUUCCGGCGCAGAGCUUCAAUCCUGUGUCUGAGCUGCCUGGGUCAAGGAGAUGUGCAACAGACUUACAUCUCCUCUAAUUCUCUCUCUAAUGGAACAUCUGAGUCUUAUUCUGGAAAUACAUCAACCCGUGGACGGCUUUUCUCAUUUACUGUAAAGGAAUGAAACCUUCUUUUCUGUUUGCUGUUUUCCGAAUGCUCUCUCUCUUUAUCAGUGAAACGGUCAUAUAAAGCUUACAUUAAGAUCUUCAGUUUUAAGCAUUUGCUAAAAUGAGAUGAAUUAAUGGAUGAAUGGAUUAAUGAAUAAUUUAGAGCAUUUAAAAUGAACAUUUUUGAGCAAUGUUCUAUUCAUUUCUAUAUUUAAUUUCCCACAAUUAUUAUGUAAACAUCACAUAGUGUACAAUUCAUUUUGUAAUGUACACAUUUUAACAGUAUUCAAUAAUUUAUAAAGCAUUAUUAAUCUACUUAGUCGUUGUGUAGCAAUUUAGUGACACUUGUGAAUAUUCAGAUUUAUUGUUCAUACUCUUUUAGCAACUUUAAAACAAAUGCUUUUUUUAUAUUUAGUUGUG